AUGUCGAUGCGAUUUAAGACAACAUCACCUUCCGCAGUAUCAUCUCAAUCAUUGCCGAACUCAAAAAUCUCAGAUACAAUUUCCAUUUCAUCAACGACAAGUGCAUUCUCAACUGGCCCGGAUCGACAUGGUUUCUAUGGCGGGACGCAUUUCAGUGAUAAGCCAAAAGUGCCAUUGUCAAAAGCUCAAAUCAUAGCUAGGGAAAAGAAAUGGCUUCAUAUGCUAGAGCAUUGGUCAGAUUACAUGAAUCAUAAUUAUAAGAAGAUACGAGAACGAUGCCGGAAGGGAAUUCCAUCAGCCGUUCGUCCGAAAGCAUGGUUUUAUCUAUCUGGUGGUCAUACAUUGUUAGAAGCACAUCCGAAUGUUUAUUUAGAGUUACUCGACCAGUCAGGCGAUCCACAAAUUAUUGAUGAAAUUAAACGAGAUCAACAUCGACAAUUUCCGAUGCAUGAAAUGUUUUUAGAUGAGGAUAGACCCGGACAAAAAGAACUAUUUAAUUUAUUAAAGGCUUAUUCAAUUUUAAAUCCACAAACUGGAUAUUGUCAGGCACAAGCACCAAUUGCUGCAUUUUUAUUAAUGCAUCUUCCAGCUGAGCAAGCAUUUUGGUCAUUUGUGAGUAUUUGCGAUAAAUAUUUAAAGGAUUACUUUACACCCGGCAUGGAAAUGCUUCAACGUGAUGCAAAACUCUUUAUGGCACUACUGAAACGUACCUCGCCGCAAGCACAUCGGCAUUUAGUAAAAUCAAAAGUAGAACCGCUUAUGUUUAUGACAGAUUGGUUCUUAUGUGCAUUGACACGAACGCUAAAAUGGGAUACACUCCUUCGUGUGUGGGAUUGCUUCCUAUGUGAAGGAAUUAAAGUAGUCUUUAAAGUAUCGCUUGUGAUUGUUGGUGCAACAUUAAGUUCCCAUAAAAUUAGAAAAAGCAAUAAGGAUUUGUGUGAUGUGUUAAGUUUAUUAAGAGCACCGAAAGAAGAAAUAAUUGAUGAGGAAUUUAUUAUGCAGAACAUCAUGCGAUUAAAUGUUACCGUGCAGGAUUUUAUUGUCGAGCAUAAGAAGAUUGAAAUGCAAAUGAGGAAACAACAAGUCCAAAAUCUUAUGUAG